AUUCAAAUCCCCGAUCAUAAAUUGAGUAAAAUCAUCCGCUAACAAAAAAAAGAGUAGGAAACAUGAAAAUAAAGCAGUAUAGACUAUAGAAGCAAAAUUUGAAUUUGAAAGCAAAAGUAAUACUUACGUAAUGAAAGGAAAAAUAUCUUAACAGUGAUUAACUUUGGAUAAUUACAAUUCAACAACAAUGUGAAUGGUUAAGAUUUUCAUAAUAAUCCUAUCAAUGGUAGGAUUAGUAGGUCAUUUAAAACUUUCACACAAUUCACGAAUGGCAUGAAACUUUUAAUUUUCCCAAUUUAAACGGAGGUGGAUUCUAUGUAUAUAGACAGAACCCCAGAUAUCCUCAAAUUCAUAUAUUCUCUCUUUACCAUUCCACCAUCUUUUCUAAAUAAAUAAAUAUUACACAUUAAUCGCAUUAUUCUUGUUUCUACCUCUCUUUCUUUCUCCAAUACUAUUUCCCUCUAUAAAGACUUGUCACCAUUCUCUCCAAUAAUCCCACCUAAAAAGAUGGAUUUUUUCAGGCCUUUCUUGUUCUUUCUUCUUACAUUCUUUGUCCUUUCAUCUGCUCUUGACAUGUCUAUCAUCAGUUAUGAUGAAAAGCAUGGAGAUUUAGGGACAACCCAUUAUCGUACAGACGAUGAAGUUAAGGGAUUGUACGAAUCUUGGAUUGUUAAGCACGGAAAGAAUUACAAUGCCAUUGGAGAAAAGGAGAAAAGAUUUGAGAUUUUUAAGGAUAAUUUAAGAUUCAUCGAUGAGCAAAACGCUGAGACCAGACCGUAUAAACUUGGGUUGAAUCGAUUUUCUGAUCUUACCAACGAGGAGUACCGUGCUGUGUUCGUGGGUGGACGGUUAGACAGAAAGACGAGGCUGUUGAAGAACCCUAAAAGCGAGCGUUACGCUUUUAAGGCCGGCGAAGAGUUGCCGGAAUCCGUUGAUUGGAGAGAGAAAGGCGCCGUUGCCCCUGUAAAAGAUCAAGGCCAAUGCGGGAGUUGUUGGGCAUUCUCGACGGUUGGUGCUGUUGAAGGAAUAAAUCAAAUUGUAACCAGUGAAUUAAUUUCCCUAUCAGAGCAAGAGCUUGUUGAUUGUGACAAGAGUUAUAACCAGGGCUGUAAUGGUGGUCUCAUGGACUACGCCUUUGAAUUCAUCAAAAACAACGGUGGCAUUGACACUGAAGAUGACUAUCCUUACCAUGCCAAAGAUGGUACUUGUGAUUCUAACAGGAAAAAUGCCCGGGUUGUCUCCAUUGAUGGAUAUGAAGAUGUUCCUGUAAACGACGAGAAGUCGUUGAUGAAGGCACUGGCAAAUCAACCAGUUAGUGUUGCUAUUGAAGCUGGUGGCAGAGCUUUCCAACACUACUCUUCUGGUGUUUUUACUGGAUAUUGUGGAACACAACUAGACCAUGGUGUUGUUGUAGUUGGCUACGGAAUAGAUAAUGGUUCAGAUUACUGGAUUGUGAGGAAUUCAUGGGGUCCUAACUGGGGAGAAAGUGGAUACAUUAGGCUUGAGCGCAAUUUUGCUAAUAGCACUAGCGGAAAGUGUGGAAUUGCAAUGGAACCCUCUUACCCUCUUAAGAAUGGCGUGAAUCCUCCUAAUCCCGGUCCAUCUCCUCCUAGUCCUGUAACACCAUCAACUGUCUGCGACGAGUACUAUAGCUGCCCUGAGGACACUACUUGCUGCUGCAUUUAUAAGUAUGGCGAAUUCUGUUUUGGCUGGGGAUGUUGUCCUUACGAGUCUGCUACCUGCUGUGAUGACAACUACAGCUGCUGUCCACAUGAUUAUCCUGUCUGUGAUGUUAAUGCAGGCACUUGUCAAAUGAGCAAGGAUAAUCCAUUGAAGGUGAAAGCGUUGAAGCGAGGGCCUGCUACUGCUAGAGUAAACUGGUCAGGGAUGAAAACUAACAGGAAAGUGAGUUAUGCUUGAGUAAUUUAUAAACUGUAGGUGAAAAAGGCAAAAUGCUCGUGUUUAGGAGAGCUGUUCAAUAUGUGGCCUCGGGCAGAAUGCAUGUUUCUGUCAUAUGUUAAUUGGUUUAGUUAGUAAUGUUUUUUAAUUAUUAUUUGGACAAAUUUUAGAAUGUGUAAAUAUUCAUCUUUAAAUUUCUGAAUGAAAAUUCUAAGUACUGAUUGAUAGA